GUAACGAAGAAGAAAAAGAAAGAUGCCGUGCUCGUGAACUGUCCUGGCCAAUCUUCUUUUGUGGAUCACGCACAGCGGCUGAGGUCUGAGGUAGAAGAAGGAGGAGGAGGAGGAACCGAAUAAACGACAGAUACAACAGGACAACAGCACAACGAUGGCCAGCACGCCCAACACUCCUAGCGCACCCACUACGCCCAACACUACAACCGCGUACUACGGCAGCUAUUCCUCUGAAAAACGGUUGUACAUGAUUCCCCGAAGACCUGGAGGUCAGCGUGGCACCUGGUGUAUCAUCCUGGGCAUAUUCAUGUUUGCCGUAAUUAUAAUCUUCAUGGUGAACCUGUCUGUGUCAUUAACGAGUCGAGCACGAGAAGACGUCUGCGCCCGUGCCACAGUCUCUAGUGGCCGACUUCAAGGCACUGUCGUCGAAGUGAUGAACGGAAGUGGCGUCGUGGCCUUCUAUGGCGUCCCAUACGCAGAAAACCCGAGCGGUGAGAGGCGCUUCAAGAAACCAAAUUGUCUGUCCGCAAUGGAAGGUGUCUUUGACGCCACUUACAAAAGGCCUCCUUGCCGACAACCUCGCUUCGUCCUGGGUCCUUCAUUCACCAUCGACAAUUCCAACAGCACUGAAGACUGUCUUCAUCUGAAUAUUUGGAUCCCGACUUCUUGCGUAUCAGAAGGGAGAAAUUACAGCGUUGUCUUCUUCGUUCAUGGAGGUGAUUAUAUCAACGGAGGGAACAGCUACUAUUUCUACGACGGUCGGUACCUCUCCAGCCUUGGCGAUGUUAUCGUUAUCGUGCCCAACUACCGCCUAGGUGUCUUCGGCUUUCUGAACGCUGAAGUCCCCGACGCGUAUGGCAACAUGGGUAUUCAAGACUUGGCUCUGGCUCUGCGAUGGGUCACUGACAACUGCCAGUACUUCGGAGGUAAUCCGAACAGAGUGACGUUGAUCGGUCAGGGUUCCGGCGCUGCGGCCGUGGCAGCACUAUGGAGCAGCCCUACCAUGCCGCAAUAUCAAAUUUGGAGGGUGAUUCUGAUGAGUGGUUCAAACUACGCUCCACUGCCCGAGAAUUACGGCAAAAAAGCCGAGGGAAACUUCCAAAAAUUCUCCAAGGCAGCCGGCUGUAAGCGUGGACAGGUUGAAAAGAAACUCCAGUGUCUGCGGUCCAAAAGCGGUUCUGCUAUUCUGGAAGCUCAGGCUAAAGCUAGGAUCCGGUUCACGCCCUCAUUUUACGACCAAGUCUCAGCUGAGCACCCGACAGAUUCCAUGGAACGCUAUUUGGACGUUCAGGACAAGAGUGUUAUCCUGUCCGUGACUGAAAGCGAAGGCGACGCAUUCUUCUACAACAUGUUUGGGAAGAUCAUUCGACAAAAGGCAACUAUUACGAACGAGACCAUCGAAGCAGUAUUCUCUAAGCGUCUGGGAAUGCCCACAGAGUUUGUGGACUUGCUCAUCAGCCUCUCGAGCUACUAUCCGUAUUCGCAUAGUUACCGAGGCUGGAGAGACUUGAUAGGUGAUGCUCUCUUCUACUGUCCGGUGCUGCGUUACGCCAAGAUGUUCCACGGGCUGUCAGUCUAUAGUCCUGCCUUCUUGUUCAUGUUCGCCGUUAAGCCCUCCUUCAGCCACACGCCUGGAGAAUACGCGACACAUAAUGAUGACGUCCUGAUGCUUUUUGGAGUUCCUUUCAUGUUUCCCCACAUGGCGACUGACAUGGAGAGGUCAACGUCGAUGAGGUACAUACAGACCUUCACCGGCUUCGUCAAAAGAACGGGUGUCGAAUUGUCUUGGCCCGUGUACUAUUCGGAAACUACUGCCCAUACAAAGCUGACCCAUUCUGGACUAUACUGGGCUCCACAAAAGUCUUGCAGAGCCCUGUCUUUAUAUUACGCCAAGCUGUGACAUCACCAGCACUCUACUACAGCAGGGCGUUUGGUUGGUCCCGUCGCAAAGGAACUCUUCUUCAAAUGUCAGCCUUUACGAAAAAGACUUACUAUUGUAUGUGUCUGUGGUUGUUACGACUACGCUGUCAGUCUCUAUCACACCACAUUAAAUUUACAUAACGGGA